ACAAACUGACUUAAAUGAGACCUUCUCAGUGCUUCCACGAAUGUCAUAUCCUCAGCCAUUUGUGGACAAGCCUCAGAGAACUGAUGUCUUACUGAUGUCCCCCUGGCUGGCUCCCAUCAUGUGGGAAGGCACCUUCAACAGAGACAUCCUGAAUGCCCAGUACAGACAAAAAAAUUUCGUUGUCGGGGUGGCCACGUUUGCAGUUAAAAAAUACGUCCGGUUCAUAGAAGGGUUUCUUGGCUCUGCCAACAAAUUCUUCCUCUCUGGGCACAGGGUCAACUUCUAUCUCUUCACUGACCACCCGGAGAAGGUCCCAUCCAUGAAGCUGGCCCCUGAGAAGAGUCUCGUCAUCAUCCCUGUCCAGAACUACUCACGGUGGCAGGACAUCUCCAUGAACCGCAUGGACAUCAUCAGCAACCACAUCCGCACCCACUGGCGCUAUGAAGUAGACUACCUUUACUCCAUGGACAUCGACGUCCAGAUGUUCGAGCACAUCGGGGUGGAGAUCAUCGACACGCUUGUGGGGACCAUCAGCUCCUGGCAAUACACGAAGCCCCGGGAUAGCAACUCCUAUGAGAGACGUCCGGAGUCACGAGCCGCCAUCCCCAGUGGGGAAGGGGAUUUCUACUAUGCAGCCAGCUUCUACGGAGGGAGUGUGUCUGAAGUCUACAAGUUGACCACAGCCUGCUUCAAAGGGGUCACGGAGGACAGAGCCAAUGGCAUUGAAGCCAAGUGGCACGAGGAAAGCCACCUGAAUAAAUACCUCCUGUACCACAAGCCCACACGCCUUCUGUCCCCAGAGUACUACUGGGAUGAGGAGCUGAUCAGACCUCGCAUCAUCAGGGUUAAGAGAUUGUCGUCAGUGCGCAAAGAUCUGAAAGAAGUCAGGUUCUGA